AUGGGCGGAGUCACGUCGUCGAUUGCCGCUAAGUUCGCCUUCUUCCCUCCGACGCCGCCCUCCUACACUGUGGCCGCCGACGAGUCCUCCGGCGGCCGGCUUUACAUACCGGAGGUGCCAAGGAGGGGCAGGGGCGGCGUCGACGUCGACGUCGACGUCUUGAAGAUUCGGACUCGGCGGGGUAACGAAAUCGUGGCUGUCCACAUCAAGCACCCCAAAUCAACGGCCACGCUUCUUUACUCCCAUGGGAAUGCUGCUGAUCUGGGUCAGAUGUUCGAGCUUUUUGUGGAGUUGAGUCUUCGUCUUCGCAUAAAUCUUUUGGGGUAUUCUUUUUACUCCCUUUUGUCAGAUUCAAACUUCCAUUUGCUGUGCUGA